CGGGACAACGAGAGGCUGCGGCGGGAGCUGGAGAGCUGCGCCGAGAAGGCGAGCCGCAUCCAGAAGCUGGAGAGCGAGAUCCAGCGCAUCUCGGAGGAUUACGAAAACCUCGUCAAGGCGUCUUCCAAGCGGGAAGCCUUGGAGAAAGCCAUGAGGAACAAGAGGGAUUGUGAGAUGCGACGGCUGCAGGAUUUCAACCGAGACCUGAAAGAGAGGUUGGAAUCGGCGAACAGGCAGCUGGCUAGCAAGAACCAGGAAAACCAGGAGAGCAACCAGGGCAGCGUGGCCAAACUCCUGGCACAGAGAAUGCAGCCCUUGGCGGGCAGCCCGCGGGGGAGCGCAGCGGGGCCGGGCCCUGCUCAGGGAUUCCAGCAGGGAUGGGUGCUGCCCACCUCGCUGCGGCUCCGCACCCGCCUGGAGCAGGAGCUGAAGAUGCUGCGGGCUCAGCAGAGGCAGGCGGGCAUGGCCAGCGGGGGGACGCCGGAGCUGAGUGCCCACACGCUGUCGGAGCAGCUGAGGGAGAGGGAGGAGAAGAUCCUGGCGCUGGAGGCCGACAUGACCAAGUGGGAGCAGAAGUACCUGGAGGAGUGCACCAUGCGCCAGUUCGCCAUGGACGCCGCGGCCACGGCGGCCGCGCAGCGCGACACCACCCUCAUCAGCCACUCACCACGGCACUCCCCCAACAGCAGCUUCAACGAGGACCUGCUCCUGGCCAGCCACAAGCACCAGGAGAUGGAGAACAGGUUAAAAGCCCUUCAUGCCCAAAUCCUGGAGAAGGAUGCUGUCAUCAAGGUCCUGCAGCAGCGCUCACGGAGGGACCCCAGCAAAGCCCUUCAGGGCUCCCUGCGGCCGGCCAAAUCCGUGCCCUCCAUCUUCGCUGCCUCCGCCGCCCCGAGCUGGCCAGGGGCCGGCCAGAGUGACCGCUCAUCCGAGAGCAGCUCCCAUGGCAGCACAGAGUCUCCUCCAGCAGGCAAAGCCACCGUUGAAGGGACAGCAGUGUCCACUGCCCUUCCCCUGCCAUCCCACUCCAAGCACGGCAGCAAGGACGGCAGCACGCAGACAGACGGAGCGGCCGGGAGCAGCGAGCAGGGUGAGGGCACCGCAGUGCUGGAGAGCUCGGCCGCUGCUAGAGCCCUGGACCUGUCUGACAUGGUGGAGAUCCUGAUUUAAGGCCACCCAGGGCUGCAUGGUGGCCUCUCCACCCCUCCUGCCAGCAUGCUGGGAUGGAGAAGUGUCUGGGAAGGAGGGGCCGAGCCGGGAGCUCAACGCUGUCCUCUUGGUCUCGGCAGUGACUCCAGGAUGUGGCAGCGUCCCUCCUGCCAGCAUGUUGGGAUGGAGAAGCGUCUGGGAAGGAGGGGCCGAGCUGGGUGCUCAGCAGUGUCCCCUCGGUCUCAGCAGUGACUCCAGGAUGUGGCAGGGUCACUGUCCCCUCAGUGCCCACACAGGUCCCUGGCUGCGCAGGGCGCGCUGGAGCCCAGGGACCCUGCGGUGGCUCCAUCCCAACUUCAUCUACAUCCCAGCUCCCACUUCUGGUCUUGGCCAUCUGCACCCAGCCAGGUGCUUGGCUUCCAGCUGCAGAAUCCCUCUCUGAUGGCCCGAACUGUACCCACAAGCUGAACUCUCUGCACGAGGGCAGAGCUGGGAGGGAUCCUCUGCGCGUCCCAUCGACCACCCGGAUCCACGUGGCCAAGCCAAGCACUGGGAGCACCAAACUCCCAUCACCUGCGUCCUGCCAGUCAUGGGCUUUGUGAUGGGGUGACGGUGAAGCAAAAAUGACAAUGGAGGGGAUGAAGGGUGGAGGAAAAGUGGAGGUGAAAGGCUCUGAGGAUGGAGGCAGUGGGAUGUGCCACUCUUCUCCUGGCUCUGUCCCCUGGCUACUGGCAGCUGGCUUCUGCUUGUAGCCAGUGCCAACAUCCCGCUCCUUGGAGCUUCCCAUCCUUGCCCUUCAUGUAAAUAUAUAUAUUUUUCUUUAUUUCUUUCCCCUUUCAACAUGUGCAUUUGCUGGCCAACUGCAUUUUUUAUUUUUCUCUCCCCAGACACGUAAAAAAUGCGUUCGGUUCUCGUGCAUUGUUUACAAAAUGGAAAAGAAACAAAAAAUUAUGAAAGAGGAAAAAAGACCCCAAACCCCAUGACUUAAUAUAUUUUAUAUUAAUAUUGGUAUUUCUUUUUAAGUAUUUUUUUCGUGCUGUGAACUUUUUUUCCUGCCAAAGACGACAAGUUCUCGUUUGUGCGUUUUAAGUUAUCUUUAAGUAUUUAAACAUAAACCUGGCUGUUUCGUUAUGCCACCCUAUACCGAGAUUGCUGUAGCAUUCCACUUGGUAUAACAAUAUUUUAAUAAAAAAACCCAAAUAUUGA